AUGACUGAUCGAGACGAUGGACGAAAGAAUGAUCAUCUAAGAAAAGAUACUACAAAAUGUCGAAGAAAACGGCGUCCUCCUCUACCACCUGUUGAUAACUUGCGAAGCGAUGGUCGAAGUACUAGCGCAGGUAGUAGUAAUGGCGUAGACUCUCGUCGAACGAAAGCAAUGACGGCUCAGAAGGAUCACGAUGACGAGUUAUGCCAACUGAUGAAGAAAAAAUUAAAAGUUAUUGAUGAUUGGCUCUAUAACUACACCAAUACGACAAGAGAUAGCAUCCAAAUUAAUAAAGAAACACUUCGCUGGGAGUAUGAAACUUCAAAUUACAUAACAGAAAAAAGUCGACUUGAGAUUUAUAAAGAAAAAAGACGACAACGAUAUUUAGAUGCGUUAGGCAAAAGCAAUUAA